GUAACAACGAUAAUAGUCCUUGGUAACAUAGGUAGUACACAGAGGGGACUCGUACUCUUGGAUACGUCAAACACGCUUCAAAAUUUCUUGAACGUCUAUCAGACUUCGAGCGGUGAAGUGAAGCUAGCAUGCUUAAGAUCACUAUCGUGUUUCUUUGACGUCAG